AUGGACAUUGACACCGACGCCGAUCCCUUCAACCAGCAAAAGUACUCGCGCCCGCCCAACACCACCAGGCUGUCCGCGCAAUAUCUGCCUGCCCACCCGCAGCACGACGACGCCUCUCAGCGAUUGCGAUAUUCGCCCAUGAACACCUCGCCCAAUACGUUUGCGAGCCCGCCUCAGCACCACCACAUCCCCUCCAACCACUAUACCUCAUACACCCCGCAGCAAUCCGCGCGCCAAUCUCCCAGCAGGCAGACUCAGUAUGCUUCGCCCACGCAACAAGGCAGAUACUACGCUUCCCCCGCCUCUUCGUCGCGAGCACAGAAUUCGCAGCUGCCGCCUCUGCAAUCUGCAAUGUCGCCUGCCUCAUACUACCCACAAUCUGCGACACAGCAGCUGAAUGCCGUUUUUGGAAAUGAGCCAGAGCCUGAGAAGAAGCCUACUUCGGCGCCAGGGAAUGCGGAUAUUGUGCCGCAGUUUCAGAGGGUAUACGACACGGCGGAUUUGGACGCGAGAGUGAACUCCCAACCGCCCUUCCGAAGAGCGAAUCCUGAGGGAGGCUUCAUCAGUCCUCUUCAAGCACUUACAUCGCAUUUGCCAGCGACCUACCGAAUAUGUAACCCAUCGUUCCAGUACGAGAGCUCGCGAAAUCCGCGCCGAGUGCUCACCAAGCCGAGCAAAGGAGUCAAGAAUGACGGAUACGACAACGAGGAUAGCGAUUACAUUCUCUACGUGAACGAUAUUCUCGGCUCGGAGGAGACAAACCACAAGAACAGAUACCUGAUCCUGGAUGUGCUAGGCCAAGGCACGUUCGGGCAGGUGGUGAAGUGCCAAAACUUGAAGACUCAGGAAGUUGUGGCAGUGAAGGUGGUGAAGAACAAAACAGCAUACUUCAAUCAGAGCAUGAUGGAGGUGUCGGUGUUGGAUCUGUUGAACGGGAGAAUGGAUAAGAAUGACGACCACCACAUUUUGAGGCUGAAAGAUACAUUCAUCCACAGACAGCAUUUGUGUCUGGUGUUUGAGCUCUUAUCAGUCAAUCUUUACGAGUUGAUCAAGCAGAAUCAGUUCAGAGGCUUGAGCACGACACUUGUGCGCGUGUUUGCCCAGCAGCUACUGAAUGGCUUGUGUCUACUCAGCAAGGCCAAGCUGAUACAUUGCGAUUUGAAGCCCGAAAACAUUUUGCUCAAAAACCUCGAGAGUCCAAUCAUCAAAAUUAUCGAUUUUGGUUCUGCUUGUGACGAACGGCAGACCGUGUAUACCUACAUCCAGUCGCGCUUUUACCGAUCGCCGGAGGUGCUGCUGGGUCUUCCCUAUUCGGCUGCGAUAGACAUGUGGUCACUUGGCUGCAUCGUGGUGGAGUUGUUCCUCGGUCUACCACUAUUUCCUGGUUCUUCCGAAUACAACCAAGUCUCGCGGAUAACAGAAAUGCUAGGCCUUCCGCCAAACUGGAUGUUGGAGGUCGGCAAGCAAUCUGGCGAAUUCUUCGAAAAGGUGCACGAUGAGUUUGGACGUAGAACUUAUAGGCUGAAAUCGAUGGAGCAGUAUUCUAGGGAACAUGGCACCAAAGAACAGCCGAGCAAAAAGUACUUCCAGCAAACUCGACUCCCGGACAUCAUUCGGGCUUAUCCCAUGCCAAGGAAAGGCAUGAAGCAGAAUGAGAUGGAAAGAGAAAUGGCGAAUCGUGAAGCAUUCAUCGAUUUCGUUCAUGGUCUCCUGAACCUAAACCCGCUCGAGCGAUGGACACCGCAACAAGCACGAACACAUCCUUUCAUCACACAGCAGAAGUUCACCGGACCGUUUCAGCCGCAAGCACAAAUGAGUCUUAAGAAUAGCUCAAGAUCACCGGCACCUGGUGUGCAGCAACAGCAGCAAGCGGAAGCAUUAUCGCGACAACGAGCACAGCAGGCACAGGCCGCGCAAAUGCAGCAAUCCGCUAAUGCAGCAUACGCUAAUGCCAUGCACGGCAUGAGUCCAGGUUAUCCGACGACACCGCAGGUUGCGCAGCAGCAACAGCAGCAGCAGCAGCAAGCUGCGAUGUACUCGAACAUGUACAGUCCGAGCCAUCAAGGCGCACCACCGCCAUACCCCUCAAACCCACCCUCGGCAUCAGCGUACGGACAGCAAGUGCCCAUGAUUCAACAGCCACCUCCAGCGGCCGGCAUGCAUCCUUACGCACAGCCACAACAGCCUAACCUAUACGCGCAAGCGACCACGCGUGCCGCAGUCGGUCGACAAAGAGCCAGCACAAUGGACGGCAAUGGCAUUCCGCCUGCAUUACAACGGGUUGUUUCGCAUCUCGAUCCGUCCCAACCGAUUAGAUUACAACCGUCCCCGGCAUAUUACCCUCCUCCAGCAGAAGGACAAAGCGCGUCGGACGUAGCAUCUAUCGGCCGAAGGAGAACGAGUCGUGCCGGAGGCGGCAGCAGACACGGCGCACAAGGACAGGACCGUAAUUUCGUCCGAAUGCUGGAAGAUCGGUCUUUGGAAGAAGGUUGGAAUGGUCAGGGCGCUCAGGGCGGUGGUUGGAAUGGUAGUGGAGUGUGA